AUGAUUGCAUCUCGAGCUUUUUCCUCUCCAGCUCGCCAAUGCUUGCGAACGGCCUAUCAACAACCUAUCUGGACUCCAGCAUUCUCGCAGGUUCAAUCAAGAGGUUAUGCCGCCCAGGUCGCCAAAUUUAAGGGUCAGAAGAACUCAGAUGGGAACUACAUGGUUUCGUUAAUAGAAGGAGAUGGUAUUGGUCCUGAGAUUUCUCAGUCAGUCAAAGACAUCUACUCAGCUGCAAAGGUCCCCAUCACCUGGGAAUCUGUCGACGUCACCCCCCGCCUGAAGGAUGGUCGAACUGUCAUUCCAGACGAGUCCAUUGAGUCUAUCAAGAGGAAUUACGUCGCCCUAAAAGGUCCCCUAGCAACACCCAUCGGCAAAGGGCACGUCUCCCUCAACCUCACACUACGUCGAACCUUUAACCUCUUUGCAAACGUCCGUCCCUGCCGAAGUAUUGAAGGCUACAAGACACCCUACGACAACGUCGAUACUGUUCUGAUCCGAGAAAACACAGAAGGAGAAUACAGUGGUAUCGAGCAUGUGGUGGUGGACGGUGUAGUGCAGUCGAUCAAGCUCAUUACACGACAAGCUUCAGAGCGAGUCCUCAGAUACGCCUUCCAAUAUGCCAGAGAUAUCAACAAGAAGAAGGUUAGAGUGGUACACAAGGCCACUAUCAUGAAGAUGUCCGAUGGUUUGUUUUUGAGCACGGCACGAAACGUCGCAAAAGACUUCCCCGAUAUCGAAUUCGAUGCUGAGCUACUCGACAACGCCUGCCUAAAGAUCACCACCAACCCGGGCCCAUAUGCCGACAAAGUGCUUGUCAUGCCCAACUUGUACGGUGACAUUCUCUCAGAUAUGUGCGCAGGCUUGAUUGGCGGUCUUGGUCUCACACCCUCUGGCAAUAUUGGCGACGAGUGCUCCAUCUUCGAAGCUGUACACGGUUCUGCUCCAGACAUCGCAGGCAAGGCCCUCGCCAAUCCCACCGCGUUGCUUCUCAGCAGUAUUAUGAUGUUAAGACACAUGGGUUUGACUUCACACGCCGAGCAGAUCGAGAAGGCCAUCUUCGCCACUCUCGCUGAAGGAAAGGCUCUGACUGGUGAUCUGGGUGGAAAGGCCAAAACUCACGAAUAUGCCGCCGCUAUUAUCUCGCACCUGUAA